CCGAGCCGGCCGGACUCGGCGCGAGGGAGGGCGCCCGCCCGCCGGCCCGCCCCGCCGCGCUGCUGCCGGGCGCCGCUUUCCGCGGAGGACUGCGCGGGCGAUCCGCGAGACGGAGGCUGUCCGCCGCCCCGACAUGGCGAUCGCAAGGCAAGUGCUUUGUCUCUCUGCUUUCCUCUCCCUGCCGCACGCUCGCGCCGAGCCCAUCCGCUACUCCGUAGCCGAGGAGGGGGAGAGCGGCUCCGUGGUAGCCAACGUGGCGGAGGACGCGGGGCUGGCCCCGGCGCAGCUCUCGGCUCGCCGCGCCCGCCUGGCCUCGGAGGACGGCCGGCAGCACUUUCGCUUAGAGCGCGGCACCGGCCGCCUCGUAGUGGCGGAGAGGCUGGACCGGGAGGAGCUCUGCGGGCAGUCCGCUACGUGCACGCUCCCCUUCGAGCUGCUGCUGGCGAACCCCCUGCAGUUCUUUCGGGUCGAGGUGGCCGUGGAGGACAUCAAUGACCAUUCGCCCGUUUUCCCGGAGGAGCAAGUCACUUUUAAGAUCCCGGAAAGGAGCGACCCGGGCUCGCGUUUCCCGCUGGAGGGGGCUCGGGACCUGGAUGUUGGCAGCAACAGCAUCCAGGCUUACAGCAUUGCGCCCCAGAACGAAUACUUUAGUGUCUCCUUUGGGAGUCGGAGUGAGGAUGACAAAUACAUGGAAUUGGUCUUGGAAAAGCCGCUGGACAGAGAGGAGGAGGCGGAGGUGUGUUUCAGCCUCAUUGCCGUGGACGGAGGCUCUCCACCCAGGAGCGGCACCACCCAAGUCCGCAUUGUUGUCCUAGAUGUAAAUGACAACGCUCCCGUCUUCACGCAGAAGGUGUACGUUGGGCAGGUUUUGGAAAAUGCAGCAGAGGGCUCUGUGGUUCUCAGCGUGGUGGCAACCGAUCGGGAUGCAGGACCUAAUGGGGAGGUGUCCUAUCAAUUCAGCCAAGCGGUGGGCCAAAGCCACUCAUCAUUUGCGAUCGACCCUGUGACCGGUGAAAUUAGACUCACGAAGCCUCUGGACUUUGAGGCAGCAGAGAAUCACGAGCUCAGUGUGCGGGCCACGGAUGGCGGGGGCCUCUCAGCAAUCUGCAAGGUGUUGGUGGAGGUGGUGGAUGUGAAUGACAAUGCGCCGGAGGUGGUGGUCAGUUCCUUCAGCAGCCCCCUCCCCGAGAACGCAUUACCCGGGACAGUGGUCGCCCUCUUUACUGUCAGGGACCGGGAUGCUGGUGCCAACGGGAUGAUCUCCUGUGCCCUUGAGGACCAGCUAUUGUUCUCCCUGCGGCCGGCCUAUAAGAAGUACUAUGAGCUGGUGACCGUGAGCACACUGGACCGGGAGGAGACGGCACGUUACAGCCUCGCUGUCACAGCGGCAGACGCGGGGUCACCUCCUCUCACAACCACCCAGACCUUCACGGUGGACAUCUCCGAUGUCAAUGACAAUGUGCCUGUCUUCAACCAGACAUCGUACACCAUGUACGUGCGUGAGAACAAUGUCCCCACGGUGCUCGUUGGAGCCGUCAGCGCCUCGGAUGCCGACGAGGGGCCCAAUGCCAAGGUGACGUAUUCCCUGGCACCAGCCCACCCUGCCGAGCGGCCUCCCUGCUCCUGCAUCUCCGUGAACUCUGAGAACGGGCAGGUAUUUGUGCUGCGGCCUCUGGACUACGAGCAGGUGAGGCAGAUCGAGGUCUUGGUGAGCGCCUCCGAUGCGGGGACACCUCCCCUUAGUGCCAACGUCACCGUCCGCCUUGUUGUGGUGGAUGAGAAUGACAAUGCGCCACUGGUGCUGUACCCCUCACAGGACAGCAGCCCCGCGUCCAGCGAGCUGGUGCCCAAGUCAUCUGAAGCGGGGUACCUCGUCACCAAAGUGGUGGCUGUUGAUGCUGACUCGGGGCAGAACUCGUGGCUCUCGUACCACCUGCUGAGGGCCACUGACCCUGGGCUGUUUGCAGUGGGUGCCCAAAGUGGGGAGGUGCGACUGAGGAGGCCGGUGACAGAGAGGGAUGCUGUGAAGCAGAAGCUCGUCGUCCUGGUGCGAGACAACGGGCAGCCACCGCUGUCAGCCACCGCUGCACUGAGCGCGCUCCUGCUCAAUGACUUCUCAGACGUGCACCUGCCACACAGCAGCCUGGCCACGGAGGAUGAGGGUGGCUCCCUGACAACCUAUUUAAUCAUUUCAUUGGUCUUCGUCUCAGUCCUCUUCCUCGCAUCCAUGGCAGCCUUCAUCGUGCGCAAGGUGUGCAAGAGCAAGGAGCUGAAGGGGGGGCACGUGCUUUACGGCACUGGCAACUUGCAGAGUGGCCUGGCUGACGCGGCCGCUGCGGGGACCCUGCCCCACGCCUAUUGCUACGAGAUCAGCCUCACGACGGGCUCGGGCAACAGUGAGUUCAAGUUCCUGAAGCCCAUCCUCCCCAGCCUGCCACCGCAGCACAGUGGCAUGGGCAGGGGCACCGGCGAUGAACAAGAAUUCUCCCGUGGCCCUAUCACCAUGGAGGAUGUGGCACCAGACAACCCAGGGAUGCUCUCUGCGGAACAGUUCAAUAGUCUUUCCUUCAACUAGCAUGGAGUCAAGCACAGCCAGAGGCUUCACGCCUCGCAACGGGAAGGGAUCUGGGCUACAACACGUGGCAACGGUUCCCCCAGAGUAAAUCUGCAUUUGCCAUUGGCAUCACCGAUUUCCCACAACUUCUAAGUCAGAAGAAAGGUUGUCCCCCCCUCCCAAACUAAAGAAACAAAAGAAACUAAGGCUCCCUCAGUCAGGCAACGGCAUGUUUCAGCUCUCUUUCAGCCUUUUCUGAAAUGCUUGGUGUGUGGGGUAAGGUCCAGGGCCCCGGGCUAAGUUCUUGUCUCACUUGCUGUUAGGCAAGACCCUGAACCCUUAUUCUGUGCUGUAAUGCAAUGGCACAGUUGGGCAGACAAGUCACAUGCUCACUGAAAAGCACGCAGCCCACCUCCUCAGUCAGGGAAGCAAGGAAAUUGUGAGUACUGUGUUACAACGUGGUGCAAGCGUGAGGCUCUUUCUCCUCUGGGUCCUGGAUGUCUCUGUGUGAGAUGUGUGGGCUCUGUCACUAUGUCUGUCCGGACAGCCUUUGUGUGUCUGCACAGGCUGCACUAUUGCUGCCCGGCAAAGCAGGGAGUUGCUCACAUCUAACUGUUGCCUUGUGCACAGUUCCAGCUCAUCAGGCAAGGAGGGUGUUUUGACCCUUUGAGUACAGAAGUCUCACCUUCCCUUGGGGAGAGCAAUAAAACACACGAGAUCUUCCUUUGGCCCAGAAGAGGGCGUUGGGCAGGUGGGCUGUCUUGCUGGGGUUGCCUUGGAAAUACAGCAGCACAAACAGUGUUGGGACAGGCUGCACCUGUACAGAGGUGUGAAAGCAUGUUCACUGAGUCUGGGUGCGUUGUAGGGAAACUCUACAAGUGGCUUCAAAGAGCAUUUUGUGAAGGUAGAAUCGAGAUGAACUUGGAAAAGGACCGCUGAGCUUGGUCUCAUCUGUGUUGUUCCCAAUUUCAGAAGCUCCUUGAUGGGAGUGGAAAGCUGUCCCGAUAGGAUUUUCUGGGUUUGUCUUAGAGCAUUUGCAUUCUCCUUUUUGCCCUUUCUCCUUCUACUCUGCGCACUGUGUUUGAGCCUUUUCUUGCCUAUUCCUCUGAAAAAAGACUGUCACUCCAUGUAUAAUAACAGAUGGUUUGAAUGAAGGUGGUAUGCCACCGGAAUAUUCGGAA